GCGGUGUACGCCGGGAGCAGUGAGGCGGCCUGACCGAUCCCGGGACUCCCGAGAAGGGGUAAUUGUGCCCUUCAUACACCCCGGGACCGGCAGUGGCUCGUGGAAUACAUAGGAGAACUGGUCCUGGUGUGCAAACUGCUUUUAAAUACUUAUCCGCUCUGGUACGAGAGCUCCCGGCAUCUCUCAGCCCCUGUGUGUGGCCCCCGGGACCCCCCUUCAGACCGGUACCCGGUUCAUGUUGGUCAGUGAGGGGCUCCCGGAUCGUGGGACCGAGGACGGUGUGAAAUUUCCUGUGUCGGAUACGACGAGGACCUGGCAAGAUGAUGUGCGAAGUGAUGCCAACGAUCAGCGAGGCUGAGAUGCCCCCCGGAGGGAAUGGGAGUCACGGGUCCGGCUCUCCGCUGCAGACAGACAACGACUCUCACUUUGAGCAGCUGAUGGUGUCCAUGUUGGAGGAAAGAGACCGCCUGUUGGAUACGCUACGCGAGACCCAAGAGACGCUCGCAUUAAGCCAAGGAAAGCUACAAGAAGUCGGCCACGAGCGGGACUCGUUACAAAGACAGCUUAACACAGCCCUGCCGCAGGAGUUUGCGGCACUUACCAAGGAGCUAAAUAUUUGCCGGGAACAGCUUCUCGAACGGGAAGAGGAGAUCGCCGAGCUAAAAGCCGAAAGAAACAACACCCGGCUCCUUUUAGAACAUCUCGAAUGUCUCGUUUCACGCCACGAGAGGUCUCUCCGAAUGACGGUGGUGAAGAGGCAAGCGCAGUCUCCGGCCGGGGUGUCCAGUGAAGUUGAAGUCCUUAAAGCACUGAAGUCCCUGUUUGAACAUCACAAAGCUUUAGAUGAAAAGGUGAGAGAGAGGUUGCGAGUGGCCCUGGAGAGAUGCAGCUUGUUGGAAGAAGAGCUGUCCGUAACACACAGAGAGCUGAUGAUUGCCAGAGAACAGAACAACCAGAAGAAAAUACACGGCGACGGAACGGCCGAUUUAUCCCACAGUCAAGAAAACGAACCAAGCACCAAUGGGAAGAGAUCAUCUGAUGGCUCUCUCAGUCACGAGGAAGACCUGUCCAAAGUGUUGGAGCUUCAAGAGGUCAUAGAGAAGCAAAACAAGGAGCAAAAUCAAAUGAAGGAGCGUCUGGUUGUCCUUUCCAACCGAGUAGCCGAGCUAGAGGAAGAUCUGGACACGGCGCGGAAAGAUCUGAUUAAGUCGGAAGAAAUUAACACGAAGCUACAGCGUGACGUACGGGAGGCCAUGGCCCAGAAGGAAGACAUGGAGGAAAGAAUAACGACACUUGAAAAGCGCUACCUCGCUGCGCAGCGUGAAACCACGUCUGUCCACGACCUCAACGAUAAACUUGAAAACGAAAUUGCGAAUAAAGAGUCCAUUCUUAGACAGAGCGAAGAGAAGAACAGGCAGAUCCAGGAGCGUCUGGAGCUGGCGGAGCAGAAGCUGCAGCAGACCCUGAGGAAAGCUGAAACCUUGCCCGAGGUAGAGGCCGAGCUGGCUCAGCGCGUUGCUGCUCUUUCCAAGUCUGAGCUUUUGUCACCUGGAAAAGCCGCUGCUAUGGAGGCUAAGCCGUUGGGACAUGCGUCCGUACCUAGGAAGGCAGAGGAGAGGCACGGCAACAUCGAGGAGCGCUUACGCCAGAUGGAAUCGCGACUGGAGGAGAAGAACCAAGAGCUACAGCGGGCCCGUCAGAGAGAGAAGAUGAACGAAGAACAUAACAAGCGCCUGUCGGACACCGUGGAUAAACUUCUGUCCGAGUCCAACGAGAGGCUACAGCUACACCUGAAGGAGAGAAUGGCUUCGCUGGAAGACAAGAACUCUCUUGUUCGAGAGCUGGAAUCCGCCAAGAAACUUGUUGAUGAAAUCCAGCAUGAGAAGGAUCAGCUGUUGCUCGAGUUAGAAUCUCUGAAGUCGGAAAACGAGCAGACCAGAAUCCGCACCGCGUUACUUCAUCACAGCCGGCCUCACCUUGGCAGCGUACCGGACUUUAGAUACGCUCUUGCGCCGUCGUCGUUAUCUGACAGCCACUCGGAUUCUUACAGCUCCUCUCUGGUCCUGCGCAGACCACAAAAAGGCCGUCUAGCAGCUUUGCGAGAUGAGCCCUCCAAGGUACAGACGCUAAACGAGCAGGACUGGGAGCGAGCUCAGCAGGCUAGCGUCCUGGCUAACGUGGCCCAAGCCUUCGAGAGCGACGUGGACAUUUCCGACGUAGAUGAUGACAGAGACACCGUAUUCAGCUCCGUGGACUUGCUGUCUCCGUGUGGCCAGGCCGACGCACAGACGCUGGCGGUGAUGCUGCAGGAACAAUUAGAUGCCAUCAACAAAGAAAUCAGAUUGAUCCAGGAAGAGAAGGAGAACACCGAGCAGCGGGCGGAGGAGAUCGAGUCUCGUGUGGGCAGUGGGAGUCUAGAUAAUGCCGGCUGCUUCAGGUCCUUGACUUCCAUUCCCCCUUCGUUUACCGGUCCAUCUUUAGCCGGAUCCUCACCUCCUGGCAGUGGACGCUCAACACCCAGAAGGAUCCCUCACAGUCCCGCUCGGGAGGUGGACAGGCUGGGCGUCAUGACCCUUCCUAGCGAUUUAAGGAAGUACCGUAGAAAGCCUCCAGGUACUAGAGACGAGAACCGAGAUGACAAGGCUACCAUCAGAUGCGAGACGUCCCCUCCCUCCUCACCAAGGUCGUUGAGGUUAUUAAGCUCGGUCCAUAAAGGUGCCUUGCACACCAUGAGCCAUGAAGAUAUUAGAGAUAUCAGAAAUUCCACGGGUUCACAGGAUGGACAGGUUAGCAAUCCGAGCAGCAGCAACAGCAGUCAGGACUCCCUCAACAAGGCUCCUAAGAAGAAGGGCAUCAAGUCUUCUAUCGGCCGUUUGUUUGGGAAAAAAGAGAAAGGCCGACCCGGACAAAUGGGAAGAGACUCACCUGGCUCAGGAGGAAUUCCCGAAUUUGAGAGCUCGUCGCAGGAAUCCCUCGGAAUUAGCAAGUUUGUUGGACAGACAGAAAAAAACCGCAAGCUGCAGAAGAAACACGAACUCCUGGAGGAGGCUCGGCGGCUCGGGCUUCCGUUUGCCCAGUGGGAUGGCCCUACAGUGGUGGUUUGGCUGGAGCUGUGGGUCGGGAUGCCCGCCUGGUACGUGGCUGCAUGCAGAGCUAAUGUGAAAAGCGGAGCGAUCAUGUCAGCCCUGUCGGACACCGAGAUCCAAAGAGAGAUCGGCAUCAGUAACCCGCUACACAGACUAAAGCUACGCCUGGCCAUCCAGGAGAUUAUGUCGUUAACCAGCCCGUCUGCACCUCCCACCUCCAGAACGUCCACUGGAAAUGUCUGGGUAACUCACGAAGAAAUGGAAACUCUUACAGCUUCACCACAAACGGAAGAUGAGGAGGGAAGCUGGGCUCAGACACUGGCCUACGGAGAUAUGAACCACGAGUGGAUUGGGAACGAGUGGCUGCCCAGCCUGGGGUUGCCCCAAUACCGCAGCUAUUUCAUGGAGUGCCUUGUUGAUGCCCGGAUGCUGGACCACUUGACCAAGAAGGACCUCCGGGGGCAGCUUAAAAUGGUGGAUAGUUUCCACAGGAAUAGCUUCCAGUGCGGAAUUAUGUGCCUGCGACGGCUGAAUUAUGACCGGAAGGAGUUGGAACGGAGGAGAGAAGAAAGUCAAAAUGAGAUUAAAGACGUGCUUGUGUGGAGCAAUGACCGGAUCAUCCAGUGGGUGCUAUCCAUCGGGCUGAAAGAAUAUGCCAACAACCUCCUAGAGAGCGGUGUUCACGGGGCUCUGGUUGCCUUGGACGAAACCUUUGAUCACAAUACGUUAGCCUUGUUAUUACAGAUACCCACCCAAAAUACCCAGGCUCGUGCAACGAUGGAGAGGGAGUUUAACAACCUUCUCAUCAGAGGUACCGAUAGGAGAUUUGACGAUGAUGAUGAUAAAAAUUUCAGACGGGCACCGUCUUGGAGAAAGAAAUUUCGACCGAAGGAUGUCAGGGGUUUAAGUGCCGGCUCGUCCGAGACGCUCCCUGCCAACUUCAGAGUCAACUCCUCGAUGUCUUCCCCUUCUAUGCAGCCAAAGAAAAUGCAGAUGGAUGGCAAUGUGUCUGGAAUACAGAGACUGGACUCGGCCACGAUAAGGACGUAUUCCUGCUAACGGCCUCUGCCGUUUACCCCCAUUACUUCUACAGAUGAUUUAUGCAACGUCUGAUUCCAGAUCGAUUCCACGUUUCCGGGCGUUUGGGAGAUUCCUCCGCGCAGAACGACCGGAUCGGACACCUUGAGAUAUUUUAAUACAGAGUUUUAAUUAGCGACUUAAAUCAUAGUUAAGGGCAAAGAUUUUAGAAUCGUACGGUUCAUGUAACCCCCCCCCCGUGAAACUUAUAGCUCAUUCUCUUGUACUCUUCUAUUUUGUCUCUUUGUCCAAACUUUGUAUUUUUUGUGUUUUUUAUUUUUUCUCCCCUUUUGAAUGUACUGUAACUCCGUUGAAAUCCCUGCCGAUCGCCAGGGGUUCUAUGUAAAUGAUUCUAGUCGUGUAAUUUAUGGAUAUAUUUCAUAAGGAACCUGAGUUCUAAAAGGUUUUUUAUUAUAUUUGUACAGUUUUAGAACAUCAACAAAUUACGAAUCUUAACGGGCAGGUUAUAAACUGGUACAAAAUUUUCAAACAUUCUUAACUUUUGUCGUCUUUUAAGCAAUUCUUAGAAUACAAUUUACGGCGUCAGAGUCCGCUUCGAAGAAUCUUUCCGCUGGUUUAACCUGGUUGGAUUUGGGUGCUGAGAGUUGGCGAUCUCUGAGCUGGUUUAACUGUUUUAAAGAAGAAUGAAAAAAAAAGCCAUAAACGCAGCUUUUUCACGACAAGAGGAUUUUUUUUUUUUAGCUUCUCGAACUCAUAACCCCCGCCGCUUGGCUCGCAGCACAUGGUACGGUGGGUUUGCAGCCCGUGAAGCGGCUUUGGGGGGUUUUAAGAAGGACCAAUUUGAAGCAUCUCCUGUCUGAUUAAUGCUGGCGGAUAAAGAGUUGCGACCUGUUUUUUUUUGUUGUUAAAAAAAAGGCCUUAUCCUCUCCUUUUAUAAUUUGUUUUCUUAUGUUUUUACCCGUUUGAAGAAAACAAUCAGGACCCCUUAAGGUUGCGAUCUGUCGGAUAUACUGUAGCGGAAAGGACCAUCCUUCACGGCGGCAUACAAAAAAAAAAAAGUUUCCGACCGCGACGUGUUAUUUAUUAUAUCGUUAUAUAAACCGUGUCUAGGUUUAAACUUUUACCUUUUUUUCCAUGUAUAAAUUGGAUUCAUUGUUACAUUUUGUUUUCUAAUCCUGUUUGUGUACUUUUCUGAUUAUGUAACAAAGUAUGUACAGUCUAUGUACUUUUUUGGACUAUUUUUAUCACAGUAUUAUUUAUUGCUUUCUUUCAAUAAAAUACUGAAGCAUUUUCCACUGUCAAUAAAAAGCUGUGAAAAUAAA